AUGCAGAUGCUCAAUCCAGCUAAGUGGAUCUUCUUUCAAACGCGGUGGCCACCGCUCUUAGCACCACAGCAAGUUUUGGACUUGGAGAAGAAUUACCCAGCUCGAAUUCCUCCCUGGAAAGGUUCAACCUCGAGACUCGCGAAGGAUGUUAUACUUUUCUGUCGCCAGCAUCCCAAGUCAGAUUGUUUGCUUCUGCUGGAUCCGCUGUGCGCUCUCAACUGGGCCAAGUCCUGCCAAAUCGAAUCAGCCGGUAGCAAGGCUGAUGUUGACUCUGCAGGAGAAAUUCCCUUCUGCUUCACCUCAACCCUCUGGACGAUUAGGACGAAGAAGAACGCAAGCGGUUCCAUUGCAGGCCCUAUCGCCCUGGUCGCCGGUGCUCAACGCUCU